AUGUCGACUAAUUACCCCGCCUUCGAGGCAUCCAUGACUACCACUCCAGCACCCGUCAUCAGUUCUGGUGGUGGAGGUGGCGGUGGCGGUGGCAGUGGUGGGUUCGGUCAUAAGCACAAGAGGGGCACCAGUUCUUCUCGCAGAACUGCCACCGCGGGCGCUUCGACUGCGACUGCUGGUGUCGCUCCUCCUGCUGCUCCUGGCAAGGUUACGAUGAUGAGAGACCAAAAUAUGGCAGAGCUGGAUCCUUCUGGCUUUGCUCGACUCCUUAAUGAACGUCUUCAACGCGUGGUGGAAGACAGGGCUGCUAUGGAACGACUCGAACGGCUCAUGUCGGAGGUGGGUCCCGGAGACUAUGACAUUGACAAAGACAUUAUCAUACAAUUUAUUGACUUUUUAGUGCUACCCAUUAGCCACAUAUCAAAGAAUUGUUGCGAGCUCAUUUACUCAUCAGAUGAUGCUACAAUUCAUGGGGGAUAUGAGAAAAAUGGUUCUUUUAAGUUUCUGAGAUGUUCCAGCAGUGCUUUCCAUGGAGCCCUCAGGACUUAUAUGCUUGCAUAA